AACUGUUUAUAUUGUAUAGAUGAUUCGAAGCAUCGAAGUAUUAUAUAGAAGUCUGUGAAGUAAAAUUAUUUAUUAUAAGAUGGGAUCUUCGAGUGACGAACUGACAUUUCAACUAAAUGAUGACAUUUUUUGUUUUAACACUAAAAAGAUGAAAAUAAAGGAUGUCAAAUCAAUAAAAGAGGAUGAUAAAUAUGCAGUUAAAUAUUUAAUAAACUUAAUAGAGAAUGAAUUUAUCAACCUGCAAGAUCCAUUACAAAUCAUCUACAAAAUUGUAAAUAAUGAGCAAAUUGUCAUAUAUGAAGCAGAUAAAGAGGAAUCUUGUCAAUUACAGUCAGAGUUAGAACAGGCUGCAGAGGAAGACGGAACCCGAGGUGCAAAAAAACGAUCAGAAUGGGGCAAACAAGAUACCGAAAUACUAUUAGAAAAAUAUGAAAUUUAUGUAAAACUGGUAGGACCAAUGAAAAAGUUUAAGAAUAAAAAAGUAAUGUGGGAAAAAAUUGCUCAAGAUAUUGAAGACACUAUAGGCCGAAAGUACACUUCCAUCCAAGUAGAAAAUCGAUUUAAAACAUUAUUAAAAAGAAAGAAGGACGCAAUUCAGCAUAAUAAACGUUCUGGCAAUGACAGAGUCGAUGUUCCAUACGAAGACCAGCUAGAAAAAAUCGCUUCCUUAGAUGACAGUAUCAAGCAAGAGAUGUUAAUGAGUAUUAACAACACAAGAAUACUAAAAAAUAACGAAUCAAGCAGCGACCAGUCUACUAGUUCAUCAAGUGCAGUGAAAAUGAUUCCAGAGAAAAAAACUGUACACUUCCUGAAAAGAAAAAUUGAAAAGGAGACAAAAGAAAAUAAAAAGAAAUCAGUUCAAGAAACUUUAUUGGAGAUACAUCAAUUAAAAGAAGAGAGCAAGGAAAAACGUCACAAAGAAAAACUGGCACUUAUUGAAAAACUUUUUAAGAAAGAUAUGUAA